UGCCACAUCUUCCACUAAAUGAUAAAGACGCUACACCAGGAACUAGAGGAAGGAGCGACUAAAUAAGAACCUAUCUUUAAAAAACAACAACAUUAAGACUAUUCCUGUAAACUUAAUGUAUUUUUCUCUCUCUGAAACUGUCAGAGGGUCGUAAAAUUCACGCGAGCAUCUUAAAAAUUGUUCUCGUGUUGGAUUUGACAGAGUUUUAUCAGUAGGAGGAGGUGUUAGGUUCGGCUACUGCAACAUAACGGUUAAGUUGGUCUGUUGGUGACGUGAAGUGGGAAAGUGGGUUUAACCGGAGUGGGCUCUUCAACCGGAAGACUCAUAAACCAUUAUUACUCCUAAAAUAGGAGCAGAGUAAGCCGAGCAGCCGGCGACGUGGAGAGUAAAAGCACAGGGCGAGUGGAGAAGUGAAAGAAGGAGAAGGUAGAAAAACCAGCCCAGCUAUCUGCCUGCCUGAGAGUGCGGUGUCAUGGGGAAACAGAACAGCAAGCUGCGGCCCGAGGUCCUGAACGACCUGAGAGAAAAUACAGAGUUCAGCGACAACGAGCUCCAGGAGUGGUACCGCGGCUUCCUCAAGGACUGUCCCACCGGCCACCUGACUGUGGAGGAGUUCAAGAAGAUCUAUGCCAACUUUUUCCCAUACGGAGACGCUUCAAAGUUUGCCGAGCAUGUGUUCCGCACGUUUGACACCAACGGUGAUGCCACCAUCGACUUUAGGGAGUUCAUCAUCGCCCUGAGCGUGACAUCUCGCGGCGGGUUGGAGCAGAAGCUGCGCUGGGCCUUCAGCAUGUACGACCUGGACGGGAAUGGCUACAUCAGCCGGGCAGAGAUGCUGGAGAUAGUUCAGGCAAUUUACAAGAUGGUAUCAUCAGUGAUGAAGAUGCCUGAGGAUGAAUCAACACCAGAGAAAAGGACAGAUAAGAUCUUCAGACAGAUGGACAUUGACAAUGAUGGUAGAUUGUCUCUGGAGGAGUUCAUUAAAGGUGCCAAGAGCGACCCGUCCAUUGUCAGACUGCUGCAGUCAGAUCAGGGAGCAUCUCGUCAGUUCUGAGGACAGAGACAUUAACAGACACACACUCUCCAAAACACAAUCACAAACCCACAUCCACAGGACAGUCAUCAUCACAAUCCAAUGACCAGACAGUCCUUUCAUUUAAAAACAAAACAAAAAAAACACUCCUUGUCUUGUUUACAUUAAUGGAUACUUCUUUCGUCAAUGUGGCUCCUUUUCUGUGGACUAUGACGUGCUUUGAGGUAUUUUGUGUGCUUUGAGGUAUUUUGUGUACAUGUACAUGCUUUUCAAAAGCUCUCUUGCUUUGAAAUGGGUUUUACCUGUUCUCCAUAAGUAAAGUGCCAUAUCAUAUAUUUAUACUGACUGGAUUAUAUGCUCACAAGUAUUAUAAAUCCCAUUAUGUUACACUAAGAGGAAACUAAUUACAUCACUUCUUAUAAUUUGAUUCAAUUUAACGGUGUUGAAAAGUGGCUUAUUGUUCUGGAUAUCAACUGUUGCUUAACAAGUUGCUCUUCUGGACAACUUUUAUAUGCCUUUGGUAUUGCAUGCACUUGGUGAUAAACGUUUUCCGAUAUUGUAACAGUUUACGUAAAUAAGAAGGCUGUGGUUGUUUUUAUUCCUUUUUAUUUUUGUAACAAAAAAAUUUGUUUUCACACAAUUGAAAUAAAGUCGUGUAAGAAAAAUCUACACGAGUCCCACAGUAACCCUUUGUCCUGGACAGACUCACCAAGAUUCUCACUUACUGGUUUUAAAAAAAAA